CUUUAAUGGACACCAAUGUAAAGAAAAAUUUUCGAAUCUUGUUCGGGAUUACAAUUCGAUGUGCGAUUAUAUGGCAGGUAAUCGAAGAGCACGAAGAAGCCGAACGGGUGCACAAUAUUUCAAUGAAUUCCGUACACAUUUUUGGGAGAGGCCUGAAGACGAUUUUGAUAGAAUCCGUAUCAUUAAUAGCUCUAAUCGUAGACAACGUAGAAUUGGGAGGAAUAAUUCACCCGCACCAUCUACUGGGGAAGUUGAACAGGAAUUGGGUCGAACAUCGCCAGGUAAUCGAAGAGGCCGAAGAACUUCCGUUGAUAGUCGAAGAAGUCGUAGGCGGUCAGCAUCUCCACCUCCACCCCACGAUGCAAUAAACACUAAUACAAACAGUUCUGGUGUGGAAAAUCCUGAGCAAAAUAUUGAUCACGCUGGCUCCGUCGAAACGUCAUCUCUUCAGCCGCCACCACCUUACUCACAGAGCGAGGAUGUUGUCACAUCUGGGGCCACAGAUGAAACACAAAAUAAUAAUAUUUUUUCAGAAGUGGAUCAGAGUAAUGUUGUUUCUAACCAUGAAGAUGUCUCUGGUAAUAUACCCUCAUCUCAAAAUAACAGUGAUGUUAAGCGCCAUAUAAAUGCCACCUCCGUUGUUCACCAAGGUUUAGAAGAAAAUCCCUGGAUUCCGCAAAAUGAGUUGAGAACGAUUGUAGACCGAGUCGUUGGUUAUAUUUGUAAUUUGUGUCCGGAUGGGUCUUUGCGUCAACGAAAGCUUUUUAGAAUUCAUUCACAGCUCAAUUAUCCUAUUAACCCGCUCCCGAUAAACACUUACUCAACAAUGGAGGGAUAUCUAAGCUAUAGACUGUUAUGCAGUAAUUUUGAAGAUGCUUUUGAGGGGGUCUCCACAUUGUACGAUCUUGGGGUUGUUAAAACAAAUAAAGAAAAGCCUCUUAGCUCGGACCAAAUCGGAAACAAUAUGAUUGAGCUUCAAAGAAAACUCAAAAGAGAUACGACCCCCCUAUAUCAACAUUUAUAUUCUGGUGUAAGAGCAAUGUCAAUUGAGGCGUUGUCUUGGAAAGAUCCUACGGCCAGUCAAGUCAUCAGCGACGAAUCGAAGCCCGUAAAGGAAUUACCGGGAAAUUUAAGAAAAGGGUUUAUGAAACUUGUUCGUAAAAUGACGCCCACACCCAUGCCAAUGGUUCAAGAAAUAUGUAGAGAAUUUGUACUAGAUUUUAAGAGGCGUGAAAUCGAAACAAAAUCAGCCAAAUUAAUACACGAUGGGGCUUGGAAAGAAUCGAAAGAAGAUAUCAAAUGCGUGGUCAAAGAAAUUCUUAAUGUUUUGAAAGAUAUUUGGAAUAACUCAGCAUUCGAUCCCGAACUCGCAAAGACAUUAAAUGAGGGGACAUACCAAUCAACUGUCAUUGUACCUGUUAUUCGAGCUUCAUUGAAAAAUCUCCCUGUCGGAGACACUUUUUUUAUUAGUACGUCGGAAAAGCAAAGUAUUGCAAGUGCUAACAGAAAGGGAGAAGGUUACAUGGGAAGACGUCCAGAUAUUAUGCUUGUAGUGAAAUACCUGGAGACGGUUUUUGAACUCAUGUACGUAGAAUGCUCUCGUUUAAUUUCUAGUCCACAAAAAAAGACCGACGAUGAGAUUAAGUUAUGGCGAGAAACUAAUGACGGACUAUAUUGGAUACGCCAAAGUCUUAAACCGGAUAAGGACCAGUUUGGCAUUGUAGGUAUGCAAGUAGCAGGUAAUGUAUUGCACUUGAAUCUUCUAGUACGAGAUAUGGUUAAUGUUCACCGAUAUUACCAUUUACAAUCUGCUGAGAUUCCUAUACAAUUUUCGGAUGAAGCCGUUGUAUUAACUAUCAACAUUUUAUUCUUAGAUUUGAGACGCGCCCGACGUGGAUUGAAGGCCGAGGAUCCAAUACCCGACGAAUGA